AUGAACGCGAAAAUCGUUCGACCAUUGAUGAACGAAAUCUUCUAUUUGGCUUCUCGGAGUCCGAUCUUAGCGUACAAAAAGAUCGAAACUCUUCUUCAGCAGUAUAAUACAAGCGAUAAAUCUGACAAGGUUGCGAUUCUCAGUCAUAUUGCCAAAGAUUAUCAUCCUGCCGAGCCCGAUGUGACGUCGAAAAUUGAACAAAUGUCUCCGGGGCAUUUUAUCGAAGAUUGCGAGAGACUUCAUGAGGCUACAACGCCGAAAUACGCAGAACUAUUUCGAUUGAUUGGCCGGCAACCUGAUGGGGUUCGAUCACUUGUUCAUCUACGUGCUGAUUUGUUAAAAUUCUUACCGGAAAUGGAAUCGCGUCAAUAUGCAAAGCGAAUGAGUGACAAUCUGCAAGAUUUACUCGCGACUUGGUUCACAACUGGUCUACUGAAAGUUGAACGGGUGACAUGGCAAAGUCCGUGCGAAAUCGUUCAGCGUGUAUCUGAUUAUGAAGCAGUGCAUCCUGUUCGGACAUGGACGGAUUUAAAACGACGUCUCGGACCUUAUCGGCGAUGCUUCGCUUACACUCAUCAUAUGAUGCCCUAUGAUCCUUUAGUUAUUCUACAUGUUGCACUAACGGAUGGUAUAGCAAAUUCCAUUCAAACAAUUCUUCAUCGAGUUUCUGCGCAAUCACAUGUGACGUCGAGUAUUCACAAAGAAGAUCCAGAUAUAAUCAAAUCAGCAAUAUUUUACUCCAUUUCUUCUACUCAACCAGGCUUAAAAGGUAUCGAACUUGGAAAUUCCUUGAUUAAACGUUGCGUUCGUAAAUUACGCGUUGAGCAUCCUCAAUUAGAGAAAUUCUCUUCGCUUUCUCCAAUACCUGACUUUCGUAAGUGGCUCAUGGAUGAAUUGAAUUGUCCUUCGACAACUUUAAUCUCUCUUGAUAUGCGCACAUGGCUUCAAUCGCUGCUUACUACCAGUACUACUUGGCAUUUGGACGAGCAAAUUCUUUCAGACCUUCGGCCUAUACUAAUGCAAUUAUGCGCAUAUUAUCUCAUAAAGGUCAAGCAUCCUCGAACUGGUUAUGCACGUGAUCCCGUAGCUAAUUUUCAUUUGCGUAACGGUGCUGUUGUUUGGCGUCUAAAUUGGCUUGCUGAUCGCAGUGAACGAGGGUGGAAACAAUCUCUUUCGCUUAUGGUCAAUUAUCGGUAUUACAGUUUUGAUCAGAUCGAUCGCAAUAGCAUCAGUUAUAUCGAUCAAAAACUGAUCCAUGCCGAUGAACAAGUUUCUCGAUUGCUUUGA